AUGGCAGCCUCCAUGGGUGACUUUAUGUCUGGUCCCGGUAGAUCUAAGCCUUGCAGAGCGUGUACUGAUUUCGAUUCAUAUGUUGAUCAAUAUAUGAAGGAAAAGAAACUUCCAGCAACGAUGAAAGCCACACUUAAAGAUGAACUUCAGUGCCCACUGGACAAAAAUGAUCUGGGGCGGAACACCUGGUCAUUUCUCCAUACGAUGGCAGCAUACUUUCCUAACAAACCAAGUUCAAUGCAGCAGUCAGACAUGAAGCAGUUUAUCCACUUAUUCUCUAAAUUCUACCCGUGUGAUUACUGUGCCGAGGAUCUCAGAGAGGAGUUGAAGACAAAUCAACCAGACACGUCCAGUCAGCAUGCAUUUUCACAAUGGAUGUGUAGAUUGCACAACACUGUUAAUGUGAAAAUUGGAAAACCGGAAUUUGACUGCAGUAAAGUUGACGAACGUUGGCGAGAUGGUUGGAAGGAUGGUAGUUGUGGAUGACUCUGUUUCAAUAUAUUUGACUUUUUAUAUGGGAGGGUGGGAUGCUUGACUGAGGAAAAGUAUCUAUUAGUUAUCUGAAUAUUGCACAACAAUUUGUAAUAGCAUUUAUUAGUGCUAUCUGGAUUCAAAGCAUCUGUGAUUGAUUUUUAUGAUGAUGUACAUUUAAUGGGUCAAGAGCCUUCAUCACUUUUUUAUUUGUUUCCAUCUAAGUGUUUUGAUUCAUCUUGUCUUUUAUUUUACAUUGAAAUAGUGUGCAGACUCCCAGUACUAAUAAAAACUUCUAAAGAACUCUUCCCUAUAUGGUAGUUAGUUACAGUGUCUGUAUAUAUAUGUUAUAUCAGUGUGUGUUGAAACAUGAUAUUUAAAUAAAAUA